AGUUUCCCUUCCCUGAUGCCAGUGAUGCCUUCCCUACCGUCCCAAGAGAUUGCGAUUUUUCAAACUGAACAGUUGAACUACAAAUUUAUUGAUAAUUUUCUCGAUGUAAAAAUGUUCAAAUUCAAAAUCUAGUUAUAACUUUCAUAACUUUUCGAAUUAAGAAAUCAAACUGUGAUUGUAGUAUUACGUGUGCAGAAAUGCGAUUCUUCGUAACUUCGAAUGCAUUCAACUCAAAAACGACAUUAUCGAGUACUUGAUUCAUAUUAUCGAGUUCCAUCGAACACCAGCUAGCGGAACACCGUUCGUGAUACAGUAGAAGAAUGGGACCUCGACCUCGAAGCAAAGCAGCCACUGCCCGACGUAAAGCAAAAGCAGCGACGAAAUUACGAAAUGCUCAAAGAUCAGCCGGAGAACCGAGCCGUCAUCGUGGUAAAGCAAGGAAUACGUUACGCGAUCGAUUGAAACCGAGCGCUCGAUCGAAAGCAUCCCGAAAACAGCGUACAAAAGCGGCCAAAUCGAAGGCAGCUCGUAUCCGUAAUAAAGAUACGGCGAUCGCUACCAGAUCAGCUGUUGGAAAACGCGGUAAACGUAAACUGGCUGUUAAAAGGCUUUCUCGAUCUUACGAUACGGCCCCAUUUGAUCAUAAUUUUAGGAAUAAUUUCUCGCCUAGGAAAGAAGUCGAACGCAGACAACGUUCGGAUAUUUAUUUUCUAGAUUAUACGCACGAGACGAGGCAGGUUUAUCGAGGCGAAAUCGCCGUGAAAAAGAAUUCGCGAUCGGGGAGACGUGAAACGCGUUACCAAAACGAGAUUUCGUUCGGUCAUCGAAUCGUUCGAGACAAACACGAUAGACGAUCGGUCGAGCGUACCGUACAACGUAACAGUUCGUUGAAAUAUCGCGAUAGUUUAGUUAAUAGUAAUAGUAAUAGUAAUUGCCGUCCGCAGAGGAUAUUAUCGUCGCGUGAAAAUCAUUCGUCGUCGAGGAAACCAGAUAGAUCGGCGAGUCGACGUCGAGACGAAGAUUACACUUCGAAGAUACCGCCUUUGAUGUCAAAACUAGUUGAAAGGUUAUCGCCUCCUAUGAUGGAAAAUCGCUAUCGAAGAUCGAUGUCACCGGCUAGAAGAAUAGUCAACGAUUGCGAUCGUCGAAGACCGCCGUCGCACACGUCGCCCAAACGAUACGAUAAAUUUGAUAACUAUUCUCAUCGUAGAGCUCCGCCGUCACCUCCUGAAGAAAGAUCUCGUAAUAACGUGUCUCCGACGAGGAAGAAAUAUCUCGAUUCGGGCCGGAUUUUUCCGCCGGAUCGACGCAAUAGUAUGUCUCCAGCUCCGGGACGUCGUCCAAAUCCGUCUCCUGCUCCGAGUCGUCGUGCGAAUGCAUCUCCGCCUAGACGUUGCAUGUCUCCGGCUCCGAAUCGGCGUGCCAAUUUGUCUCCGCCGAGACGCCGUAAUAUUUCGCCAGCUUCUGGUCGACGUUGCAGUUUAUCUCCUCCUAGACGUGGCAUGUCACCGGCUCCUAGUCGGCGUGGUGUGUCUCCUCCGGUGAGACGUGGCAUGUCUCCGGCUCCUAGUCGGCGUGGCAAUGGAUCUCCGGUGAGACGUGGCAACAUGUCGCCGGGUCCGAGUCGACGUGGCAACAUGUCUCCAGCUUCUGGUCGGCGCGGAUCUUCUCCAAGACGCGGUAAUAUGUCUCCUGCUCCUGGUAGACGUGGCAACAUGUCUCCAGCUUCUGGCCGGCGUGGCAACCUGUCACCUGGUCCAGUUCGGCGUGGCAAUUCUUCUCCACCAAGACGUGGAAUGUCUCCAGCUCCAGGUCGACGCGGCAAUAUGUCUCCGGAUCGACGAGGCGCUCGUUCACCGCCGAGACGUCCCAUCAGUGCAGCACCAGCACGACGCAGCCCUUCGCCUUCGCCGAGAAGGCCCAUCAAUUCUUCUCCAGCUCGACGUAGCCAUCCAUCUCCUCCGAGACGUAUUGUCAAUUCUUCACCAGCUCGACGCAAUCAUCCAUCUUCACCGAGACGUACUAACAAUUCUUCUCCAGCUCGGCGCAGUCAUCCAUCUCCACCGAGACGUCACGUCAAUUCUUCUCCAGCUCGACGCAGCCAUCCAUCACCACCGAGACGCAUGAAUUCAUCACCAGGUCGGCGCAGUCCACCUCCGCCAAGACGAGGCGUAUCUCCGGCUCGGCGCAGUUCACCUCCACCGAGACGAGCCGCAUCUCCGGCUCGGCGCGGCUCACCUCCGCCAAGACGAGGUGCAUCACCAAUCAGGCGUGGCUCACCUCCGAGACGAGGCGUAUCUCCAGCUCGGCGCGGCUCACCUCCACCAAGACGAGGUGCUUCUCCGAUCAGGCGUGGCUCACCUCCACCAAGACGCGGCGUAUCUCCGGCUCGGCGCGGCUCAUCUCCACCAAGACGAGGCGCAUCUCUGAUCAGGCGUGGCUCACCUCCGAGACGAGGAGUUUCUCCAGCUCGGCGCGGCUCAUCUCCACCGAGACGAGGCUCACCUCAAUCAAGGCGAGGCUCACCUCAAUCAAGGCGAGGCUCACCGCCACCUAGACGAGGCUCACCUCAAUCAAGGCGAGGCUCUCCUCCACCUAGACGAGGCUCACCUCCAUCAAGACGCGGCUCACCUCCAUCAAGACGAGGCUCACCUCCACCUAGACGCGGCUCACCUCCUAGACGAGGCAGCAAUUUAUCUCCAGCUCGGCGUAGCUCUCCUCCUAGACGCAUCGUCAAUUCAUCUCCUCCAAGACGCAGCGUCAACUCAUCACCUCCCAGACGUAAUAACAAUAUCGGUCACCCUGCCCCGGUCCAGCGUCUCAACAACAACCAGUCUCCACCUAGACGUCGCCAAAACGCAUCUCCGGCACGAAGAACCAGAUACGAAUCACCUCCUCCGCCGCCUCCUCCACCUCUACCUCCACCCACGUCACCACCGUCACCACCGCCGCCUCCUCCGCCACCUCGCGAACUAAAUCGAUUCAAGAGACCUCGCGACGUGUCACCGGAAAGGUCUCGCCGAAGACCUACCUCGCCUCAUCGUGCUAAUUCUCGACCUCCUCCGCCUAGAUCGGGCGACUCGUUUCCACUUGCUAAACUCGCACAAGCUCCUCUGCUAGACAAACGUGAUAAACAUUUAAGCGAAUUAGCCCUAGGCGGUAGUUUAGACGACCCUAGAGCCGUUAAAAAACGUCUACUUCCGGACAGCCGACUUCUACCCGAACAAUACGCUCGUAGUAGACACGCCAACGCCGCCGCUACCGCUACCGUUGCUAAAUCUCGUCGUCGGAUUGCAACGUCGUCGUCACCAUCGCCACCACCACCACCUCCGCCGCCACCGCUGCUCAGACGUAAACAUCCGGAUGACGAGAAACCGACCAGAAAACGUCCCAGAAGUCCUCCCACCAGGCCGAAAAAAUCAUCUUCCGAAUAUCAGUCUGAUGAUGAUAUUAGGCCGUCUCGAAAAUCUAGGCCGAAACCCGAUAAAGAAGAUCGUCGAUGGUGAUCUGAUCUACGUAGAUGUGUUUAAAUUGAAUAAUACGGCGAUUGCGAUUCGCCAUCUCGCAGUUUAUAUUGUGUACUUGCGUAAUUAGCAAUUAUUACGCAUACCUCCCUCGUUGUAAUUUUUUUUUCUCCUAUUCAUUUUCGUUAGAUAUUUAUGUAUUCGAUUUGUACAUAAUUAUUGUACAUUUCGUGUUUGUAAGUAUUAAUUUUACGCUCGUCGACGGCUAAUUUUAAAUACAAUGAUUGUUUUCAUUUUGAAAUUACAUUUUUUAUACAGUU